GUCGGCCUGGCCUGCACUUUCCCGGAGACGGGCUGAACUUACUUCGACGAAAGCCCAAUUACUCUAUUAACCCUAAUACCCAGUUCUUAUCUUAUCUCAGCUGCCAUACCAACCCUGCAGCAACGUCUAACGAAGAGCUUCAUACCCUCUCUCUGAAAGACGCCGCCUUUCUGAGUUUUCCGUCCCUUUAAAUCAUCCAAAAAUGGCUACUCAGAUGAGCAAGAAGCGAAAGUUUGUCGCCGAUGGAGUUUUCUUCGCGGAACUUAAUGAGGUUUUGACGCGAGAGCUUGCUGAGGAUGGAUACUCCGGAGUCGAGGUCAGAGUCACUCCCGUCAGGACAGAGAUCAUUAUACGCGCCACUCGUACUCAGAAUGUUCUAGGUGAGAAAGGAAGGAGAAUUAGGGAACUGACAUCACUGGUCCAGAAACGGUUCAAGUUUGAGGAGAACACUGUGGAGCUGUAUGCUGAAAAGGUGCAAGAUAGGGGUCUUUGUGCCAUUGCUCAGGCGGAGUCCCUUCGCUACAAACUUCUUGGUGGUCUUGCUGUUAGGAGGGCAUGCUAUGGUGUCCUGCGAUUUGUUAUGGAAAGUGGAGCAAAGGGUUGUGAGGUAAUUGUCAGUGGAAAGCUGAGAGCUCAGCGUGCUAAAUCUAUGAAAUUCAAAGAUGGUUACAUGAUUUCUUCGGGUCAACCUGUGAAGGAAUACAUCGACACUGCUGUGAGACACAUUCUAAUGAGACAGGGAGUUUUGGGCAUAAAGGUAAAGAUCAUGCUUGGGCAUGACCCUGAGGGAAAGACUGGGCCAAAGUGUCCACUUCCAGAUCUUGUCACUAUUCAUCCUCUUAAGAAUGAGGAAGAAACCACCCCAAAGCCUCAUGUUCCCACAAUGGCAGUAGUGCCAACCACUGAUAUUGAAGUUCCAGUUAUGUAGGUCUAUCAACUGAUAUUGAAGUUCCAGUUAUAGGUCUAUCAACUGUCAGAGCUGUGUGCUUACCUUAUAUGAUAUAUAAGGUACUACUUCUAUAAUUAUAUUUUGGCACGCAUCAUCUUUGUAUAAUUAUAUUUAUAGUAGUUUUUUGGUUAAAACACUUUUCUUCCCGGACAUGAAAUAUGAGAGGUCUCUGCUGAGGAGUAGAUUUUCAACUCGGUGUGUUCUCAUGAUGGAUGAUGAAAUGUAAUUUCAGUUUGUUUCUUGGAAACAAUUCUAAGAUGCGUGCUAAGAAAAUUUUGUUCUUUUAAAUGUUUCCAACUCUAUUGCGUGUUGAUGUUUCUGUCAUCGAAGAGUUUUUAUUCUAAAUGAUCUCCCCCAAUUGCAUUACUUGCUAUGUG